CUAGCAGGUCAAGCCGACAACACCUUAUCGGAGUUAUUAAAAAUAAGAAAACGAGCAUAAUGAACAACUCAGUAAAGGAACACUACACUCGCAUUAAAGCGGAAAUGGAGAAGGAGGAGCUGUUGACCUUCGAGGAACUUCUCAAUUUGACCAAGGUCUCGCCAACGGUUUUGACCCAGACCAUUCAUGUUUUGGCCAAUGAGCGUUUUCCAGUGAAGAAAGGCAUGAAUCAAGCUUUCAAGAACUUAUGCGUCAAGGCCAAUAAAGAUAAUGAGUUUCCAGACAAGGAGGAAUACGUGGAGAUCAUGACCUUUGAGGAGAUGGUUGUUCGCACCAAGACCCAUCCUUUGUACCUUGAGCGUAGUCUGCGCAAGCUCGCCAGCCUAAGCCAGAUGCCUUAAGUGCUUAAAUUUAAUAAUUGCCAAUUAAUGAAUAUAUUUAAUAUGAACAUAGCUGGCUAAUAUAUA